CUCAGAGGGAGUCAGACUCAUUGACUUGCAGGCAUGUGAGCAUUUUAUUUUAUUAUUUUAAACAAAAACGCUUUUCCAAAGUUCUGAUCAGUGCAAAAUUUCAUUUGAAGGCUUGAAGUGGCAAAGGACGCUGCAUUUUGCAGAGUGGUAGGAUUCAAAGCACUUUCCAGUGCAGAGAGCAUCUUCCAGCCUCUCAAUGGAUCAGAGCACAGGCAGCUGUAUGCGCAAUUCGCAUUCCGGGGCCGCCGUCUGGGGCUGUAUGAGAAAUCCACAUUCCGGGGCCGGGGUGCCCGGCCUGCACCAUUACCCGUCUCCUUUCUCUUUCUACAAGAAGUCGGACGCCGCCGAUUUCUCCGCCUACUCGGAGUUCACGUCGCCCUGCCUGGUGUCGGCGGCGCACAGCUUCCCCGGGGAAGACCGGCUCUAUGUGGACCAUCACCCGGGCCGCUUCCCCCGCUCCGAGUGGCACAUUCCGCCUCCCCCGCCGCCGCCGCCGCCGCCUCCUCCCCCUCCGACGGCGGCCAGGGAGAGACAAACCUCCUGCCUGUCCGCCAGCUCCGCGAAUUUCGAAACCAGUGGGAGCUCGCAGCCGGCUGGCUGCGUCGGGACUGGGGAUUACAGCAGCCAGCGGGGCAUCGCUGCAUCCGAAAUCGACAAGAAAGUAACCAAGAGGAAACGCGACGUUUUAGAAACUCAAGAUUCAAAUUACAAGUCAGAGUCUAACAACAAGGCCAGAAAAGAAAGGACAGCGUUCACUAAAGAACAGAUUCGAGAACUAGAGGCGGAAUUUGCCCAUCAUAAUUAUCUGACCAGACUGAGGCGAUACGAGAUAGCGGUUAACCUGGAUCUCACAGAAAGACAGGUAAAGGUCUGGUUCCAGAACCGAAGGAUGAAAUGGAAACGUGUGAAAGGUGGACAACCCAUUUCACCACAAAAUCAAGAGCCAGACGAUGUGGACUGUGUGACUCCUGACUCAGGUCUCAGGAGUGCAGAUGGAAAGAGCCACAUGGUGGGCUUAGUGGACAAUAAGGAAACAAUACAGGACAGUAUCAGAUAAAUCCAUUGGCCUUGCCCAUCAGGUUCAGACUCUAAAGUGCCUUAAGUUGGAGGAACAUCACAUAUUUAAUAUCAGGUGUCAACUUGUUCAAACUUGAAUGAAAAUUUGAACAUUUCAGAAACAUCGUCUUGGACUCAGUCCGCUUCUAAACCAAAAAUUCGAUGGUUGUUGACCAUGAACUUUUCGCUGUUCUAUUAUAACUAAGAGGGAUCACAAUCAGAACUGGAAAUCUGUUGUGCUAUUACUCAUUUCAGCAAAAUGUCAUCCAUUUUGUAUUUUUUAAGGAAAAAUUAGCUUGCAGGUUUGUUGUAUAAAUAAUGCCAAAACUUCAGUUCAUACCACAAUAAGUUAAAUAACAGCAUAUAGGUAUAUGAUGAUGAAACCAUGAAUGGAAGUGGACAGUUCCUCUGUAGUAGUAAUUGUUCCAACAUAUAUUAGGUGUAUGUAAAAUAAACUGAUUCAGUAAAAUGCAAUAUGUUAAAUGUUCAUUUUAUAUCAUUAAACCUUUGUUAAUGAUUUAUAA